UUUGCUCAGCAGUUUUGAUCGGAGGCACAAUCAAAAGACAUCCCACGUUUUCGGAAGCACUGGGCACCGUCAGUGCCAUUUUCUGACCCAGUUCGUCUUUGCCGUUUGCUUUUUUUCGUUUGAAGGCUAUGACCGGAAACUCCUGGUUAUUCCUUCAACUUGACGUCUCCCCGUGCGCAGCAGAAAGCGGACUGCCGCCGGAGAGGAAAGAGGAGAGAGAGGGCAGAAGUGGAGUGGGGGGGGGAAAGCGAGGCAAUGGUGUAAGAGCAGGCGGAAAGCGACGAGGGGACGUCUUGUUCUUCCUGCCGAUGUGCCGAUGUGCCUCCCGUCCAGCUCUGCCUUUUUGAUGCCGUCCUGACGGACUUUCGGCCCAAUAACGGACUUGUUCUUUCUGGUGGGCUGAACCAUGCAGAGGCUGCUGCUGCUCCUCACUUUGCUCGUCACUUUACAAACUGUCUGGACCGCCAGAUUCUCCCAGGAGCCGGCGGACCAGUCGGUGGUGCGGGGACAGAGGGUGAUCCUCUCCUGCGUCGUCUUCAACUACUCGGGCAUCGUUCAGUGGACCAAAGAUGGCCUGGCGCUGGGCAUCGGCGAGGACCUGCGGGCCUGGCCUAGGUACCGAGUGCUGCGGGUCCAGGAGCUGGGCCAGUACAACCUCGAGAUCUUGUCAGCUGACCUGUCUGAUGACUCCUUGUACGAGUGCCAAGCCCCCGAUGCCGCCCUGAGGUCCAGGAGGGCCAAGCUCACCGUCCUCAUCCCCCCAGACGACCCGGUGAUCGACGGCGGUCCGGAGGUUCUGCUCAACGCGGGGGAGUCCUACAACCUCAGCUGUGUGUCUCGGGGUGCUAAACCGCCCUCCGUGAUCGAGUGGCUUAAAGACGGCCUGCCUGUCGACGGGGCCGUCAGUGGCACUGAGGUUCUCCCAGACCGUAAGAGGGUGACCACGCGCAGCUUCCUGCCCAUCCACCCCAUCGACGCAGACACAGGGAGGAACUACAGCUGUGUGGCCUCCAACCUGGCGGCCCCUGCGGGCAAGAGCACAACUGUUACCCUCAAUGUGCACCAUCCACCGACAGUGACCUUGUCCAUCGAGCCUCGCUCCGUCCUGGAGGGCGACAGGGUCACCUUCACUUGUCAAGCCCAGGCCAAUCCCCCGAUUAUGGGCUACAGGUGGGCCAAGGGUGGCGUGGUGCUGCAGGGCGCCAGGGAGAGUGUGUUCACCACCAAAGCGGACCACUCCUUCUUCACCGAGCCGGUCUCUUGCCUCGUCUUCAACGCCGUGGGGAAGACCAACGUCAGCAUCCUGGUGGACGUUCACUUCGGUCCCAUUCUGUUGGUGGAGCCUCAGCCCAAAACGGUGGACGUCGACUCUGACGUCAACCUCAACUGCAAAUGGGCCGGGAACCCCCCGCUCACUCUCACGUGGUUCAAGAAAGGUUCCAACAUGGUUCUGAGUAACAGCAACCAACUGUACUUGAAGUCCGUGAGCCAGGCCGACGCGGGCCAGUACGUAUGCAAGGCCAUCGUGCCGCGGAUCGGCGUCGGAGAGACCGAGGUCACGCUCGCCGUCAACGGCCCACCCAUCAUCUCCAGCGACCCCAUCCAGUAUGCAGUGCGAGGGGAACGGGGCGAGGUCAAAUGCUACAUUGCGAGCACACCUCCUCCGGAUAAGAUUGUGUGGGCGUGGAAGGAGAACGUGUGGGAGGAGGAGAAGGGCACGCUUCUGGAGCGCUACACGGUGGAGCAGAGCAGAACGUCGGCCGAGGGCGGCGGCGUCCUCUCCACCCUCACCGUCAACAACGUGAUGGAGUCCGACUUCCUGACCUCGUACAACUGCACGGCCUCCAACUCCUUCGGGCCCGGCACCAUGAUCAUCACGCUGGAGGAGACGGAGGAGGUCCCAGUGGGGAUAAUUGCCGGGGGGACGGUGGGAUCCACCAUCCUCUUGUUCAUCUUCCUCCUGAUCCUCGUACUCAUCUUCUACUGGCAACGCAAAGGCAGUCGGCGAGGGGUCACGCUGGGAAAGCCGGACAUUAAGGUGGAAACCAUAAACAAGGAGAGCCACAGCUUGGAGGAGGACUCGGCCAGCGUGUCCACGGCCUCACGCAUGGUGAAGGCCAUGUACUCGUUUCUCCCCUCUGUGUCUUUCUCUCCCUCCAAUCAGCCCUUUAAGGACGACAUCGAGCUCAAGUCGGACCUCCGCAGCGACACCGUGGACACCCGCCAGGAGUACGACCUGAAGGAUCCCACCAACGGCUACUACAACGUACGAGCUUCCACGCUGGACGAAGGUCGUCCCGCCUCGCGCUCCACCAUGCACUACUCCGACUACCGCUCCCCCACCGGUACUCCGGGGGGCGCCGCAUCCAUUAGCGGCAGCAGCGCGGGAGGGUCGGGCGCCGCGGCCCCCGGCCCGCCGGGCCCCCUCACCUCCCCGGGCCGCCCGCAGGCCUGCUACGACCCGCGGCCCCCUUCCAGACUGUCCCACAUCAGCUACGCGCAGUUCAACACUUUCACCCGCGGGGGCCAGAACCAGCAACCCCCCAGCAACCCCGCUCCCACGGCGGGCGACUUCCCGGGGGACUGCGGCCUGCUGGACUCCACCUCCCAGCUGGCGUACGACAACUACGGCUACCCGUCGCAUUACCAGACGUACCGGAUGGGCUUCGCCCCGUCUAGCCUGGCCCCGCUGGAGGCCGGCCCCUCGUACGAGAUGUACGGGGUGGGAUCGGGCGUGGCCGGUCCGAGCGUCGGCGUGGGUCCCGCGCCGACGGGCUCGGACACGGGACUCGGCAAGUACGGCAGCUCCGCUCGCUUCUCCUACACGUCGCAACACUCCGACUAUUCUCACAGCCGACACACGCAGAGGAUGCAGACUCACGUGUGAAAGCGACCUAACGGCCCGACCGGUGUCUUCGACAGAGCAUUGCGGCUAAAACCGACACACACACACAUAUUUCCACGCGCAAACACGGCACAUGUACGGUUCUAGAGGAGCGCGCCCGUGAGACGGGAGGAGGAAGCUGGAGACAAAAGUGCGGCCGAUGUGUUUGGAAACGGGAGCGCCGAGAGAGCGGACGGCGCGAGUCACAAUCACGGCGAGGACCACAACGCAGACGCAGACUUUGCAUGGACUUUUGUCAAGGACUGAAAAUGAGCGGGACCGGCCCGUUUCGGUCGAACCUUGCUACGGCGAGCUCUACGAACUUGGCGGAAGGCCAAAUAGAUCAACGUCUACUACGGUACAUGUGACUGAGUCAUUUCUGCUCAUUUUUCUUUCAACUUUCCCCAUCAUGCUUCUUAGCCAAGGGAAAGUGGUUGUUCUCGGAAGGCAAUCCUCCUUCUGCACUGCAUCGACACCGUCCACGCUUGUCUGUCCUCUUUUCAUUUGCACACCUGACUAGAGCUUUGUAUUCUAUUUUUUAAGAUUACAGAUUAAUUAUUUUUUGUCAAUGUAAAACACGGAACGAUGUGUGUGUACGGACCAAACGUUUGAGGGGUUGUGCCAUCAAAAAGGGUAUAUAAGUGUAUAAAAGAAACCUAGUGCCAAGUGUUGAUCUUGUAGACCAUGUAGAAUAUAUGCAGUAGAAGCUCCUUCUGUUGGCGACUGUGGCUUUACAAACCAGGUGAGGGACCUCGGCUCAGACUGCGUUUUUCUCAGCUCGAGCCUCCGCGAGCUCUAAACUUGGAAGAACGCUGCGGACGGUGAGAAAAAGUGAGCGGCCUUAUCGGGAGAACAGGAUGGUUUCUCGUCGUCUGCCUGCCAAAAGGGCCGGAAGAGAAUGUGUACGGAGGGGAAGGCCGUCUACAAUAUUGACGCGUAGUAACGAGUGCGUCUGUGUGUGUCUGUCUGUGUGUGUGUGUGUGUGUGAGCGAGAGAGACGUCGGGACGGCGUGUGCGGGCAACGGCGCGCACAUCAAUUUGUACAGCGUGUUUGUAUAGAUGUGUGAACGGAUACGUGCAUACUCCAAAUCUGACUCGUGUGUGCGUGCGUGCGUGCGUGGGACUGUUGUAUGCAUGUCCAGCUGUAUACAAUGUGUGUGUUUCAAUAUACGUCUGUAUCAUUUCGCUCACAAUCUAGUACUUUUAUACCUCUGGUAGGACUGUAUCCUGUAUUAUUGUGUCUUUGAAUUUAGAAAAACCCAAUGUAUAUGUUAUUGUACUGUUCCGUAGCAGGAAAAAAAGCGUUUUAAAAUGUUAUCAAACUCAUUUUUUAUUUCUUUACCUUCAAGAUUUUUAAAAAAAUGUAUGUAAUUAUUUUUCCACAGUAUUACAUAAAUAAAAGCACUGUUUUUUAAUAAAAAUGAAAUAAUUCUGCC